UGAACGCAUUCCCUUUAUCAUGACAGAAAUGGAAGAGAAUCAAAACAAAAGUAUUUCGUUAGAAUCGAUUGUUUUGUGAUUUAAAUCUUAGAUUAUUUAAAAAAAUCGAAGAUAAAUCGUGGGUGCCGACGAAAACUUGCAGAUACAAUAACAUCAAAUUCAAUGGCUUACAGACCACCGGCUCUGGAAAUGGUCAAACCUACGGAACCAAUCGAUUAGCGAUUUGCAUUGUUUAUUAUUUAACAGCUACCGAAGAAACACGAAAUUCCUGCAUCUAAUAAUUGUUGCCUUUAUAUUGUUGAGUAUAAAGACGUUCAAUAGCGGAAAAGUACGCCUGCAGCGAUGGGAUUCCGAGAUUGGAAGAUUGUUCGGGCUUUGGCCGGCAUCGCGAUGCGCAUCUGGGCGGCUAGUGGGGCAGCUCUAUUGGCUUCCUUCGUGAUAUACAUUGUGUAUGGCGGAUUGCUGGCUUUCCUGUUGCUUCUCUUCGCAAUUUCGGGAAUUCUAUACCACGCACAGGAUAAUCUUCUGUAUCACCCGGAUUUACCGGCCAAUUCCAGAAUAUUCAUUCCGGUACCAUCGAUGCAUGGUAUGCCUUACGAAACUUUGCAUUCGAAGACUAGAGAUGGCGUGUCACUCCACUCAUUCUGGAUACGACAUCCUGGAGACAAAGGGCGCUAUGUUCCAACGAUCGUAUAUUUUCAUGGAAACGCCGGCAAUAUGGGUCAUCGGUUGCAAAACGCAAGUGGGUUUUUUCACAGUCUUCAGUGUAAUGUGCUUAUGGUAGAAUACCGUGGUUACGGCCUAUCGGACGGAACUCCGAGUGAAAAGGGUUUCUUCUCGGACGCUCGAGAAGUGCUAGAUCAUUUGUGUAGUCGGCAUGAUUUGGAUCACAGUCAGAUUGUUGUAUUUGGGCGAUCUCUAGGAGGAGCUGUGGCCAUCGAUCUUGCAGCCGAUGCCGUGUACGGAUCAAAAUUGAUGGGUGUGAUUGUAGAGAAUACGUUUACAAGCAUUCCUGACAUGGCAGUGGAAUUAAUCCAUCCUUGUGUUCGUUAUUUGCCGCUCUGUUGUUAUCGGAACAAAUUUCUCUCGGUGCACAAGAUUCAGUUCAUAUCGGCACCGAUUCUGUUCGUUUCCGGCCUAGCGGACACACUAGUGCCUCCGAGGAUGAUGACGAUGAUGCACACUCGAUGUGGCAGUACGCGUAAACAGAUGCUUCAAAUCGUCGGGGGAUCGCACAACGACACCUGGGCCAUCAGUGGCUAUUACCAGGGCAUCGCAAAAUUUCUAACCGAAUGUAAGGAAAUCAAGGGGCCUCUACAGACGCCACCUGUUAGCCAGAAUGUGUGGCCUAGGAUUGAGGAGGUGUAGGAAAGUCCGAACCGAAACUUGGCUGUGCAGUAUUUGUGUGUCUAUCUGAGAGUAUGCCAUAGCGAAUGAGUGUGAUGGUACAAUAUGAAAUACCUGCCUAGAAAUAUAAGAACGUGGAAUAAUAAAAUUAACAAAAAACUGUGCAAGUUGUACAAUGAAGCAAGUGAAACACCCAGCAACAACAACUAAAACAAUAAGCAGUAACAAAAUUUUACGCGUUAGCAUAACAAUGACAUUAAGAUAAUAAAUUAGUGCGAAAAUAUUUCAAGCUCUCAA